ACCAGCCCCCUCGACUGCAGCGUGAAACCUCAACUAUUAUUACCUUCCUAGACGGAACACCGUCAUAGUGCCGUCAGAUCUCCAUCUGGGCUACGCUUCUCGACCAUCGAAAGCCGACAACAUGAGCAGCGGCGCAGAGAAAGCAUCGGGUCGACCGAUGCGGCAUCUACUCGACGAAAUGGUCGGCGUCGGCGACGCCGUCCUCCUCGAUCCGGUCACCGAGAACGCCUUCGUCGAAAACCUCCGAAAACGACACGCAGCGAAAGAAAUCUACACGUAUAUCGGGCCGGUUGUGAUCUCGGUUAAUCCCUAUGCCAAGAUGUCGAUCUACACACCCGAGAUGGUCGACGAGUAUCGAGGAGGCAAUCGAUUCGAGCUGCCCCCUCAUGUGUAUGCGAUUGCUAAUGAUGCUUUUUUGUCCAUGAGAGAUAAGAAUCAGGAUCAGUGUAUUAUUAUAUCGGGAGAGAGUGGAGCUGGAAAGACAGAAGCAUCCAAGAUUGUCAUGCAGUAUGUUGCCGCUGUGUCUGGCAAAGGCAAAGACGUCGAUCGAGUCAAGGAGCAACUACUGAGAUCCAAUCCUGUUCUAGAAGCGUUUGGAAAUGCAAAGACAGUACGAAACGACAACUCAUCACGCUUUGGUAAGUACAUGGACAUUGAGUUCAACUUCAAAGCAGAUCCUGUAGGAGGCAUCAUCACUAAUUAUUUAUUGGAGAAGUCUCGAGUCGUGUUUCAGACAGCUGGAGAACGAAACUUCCAUAUUUUCUAUCAACUACUAUCAGGAGCUUCUGAUCAACUACUCGACGAUCUCAAAUUAUCUCGGGACCACCAAGAGUAUCAAUACCUCAACCAGAGUGGAUGUGUUACGGCUGAUACAAUCAACGACAAGACAGACUUUAAGGAAGUCAAAAGCGCGAUGGACGUGAUUGGAUUUACGAAGGACGAAAUUUCAAAUGUCUAUCAAUUGGUGGCCGCCGUGUUGCAUCUGGGAAACAUUGAGCUAAAGAAAAUGUCACUCGAUCACGGCACAGAAGGGUGCAGAGUUGUGAGUAAAGCAGAAAUUUCAAAUGUGUGUGAGCUGCUGGGUGGCUCAGAGAAAGUGCUUGUCAGAGCCGUGACAUGGCGAAAUGUCGAGACAAGGAGAGAGACUGUUCAGACUGCACUGUCUCGAGAACAGGGUCUCUAUGCACGAGAUGCUCUUGCUAAGGCUGUGUAUAAUCGUAUGUUUUCCUGGCUGGUCCAGAGAAUCAACGACAGUAUUAGAGUGAAGAGCAGAACGAAACGUAAAGUAAUUGGUGUACUGGAUAUCUAUGGAUUCGAAAUAUUUCAGACCAACAGUUUUGAACAAUUUAUUAUUAACUAUUGCAACGAGAAGCUUCAGCAGGUGUUUAUUGAGUUGACGCUGCACGAAGAGCAGGAGGAGUACAUCCGCGAGGGAAUUGAUUGGGAGCAUGUCGAGUACUUUGACAACGCAAUUAUCUGUGAUCUUAUUGACAAGCCGAAUCAGGGCAUCUUGUCGUUACUGGAUGAUGAUUGUAUUAGACCGGGAAAUCCCACUGAUGAGGCUUUCCUCAGCAAGUUAAAUCAACGCUGCAUUCGGCAUCCGCACUACGAGAGUCGAGCAAGCAAGAGUUUGCUGGGUAGUCACAGUCUUGAUCGUGACAGCUUCAGACUGUCUCACUAUGCAGGAAAGGUGGAUUAUUGUGUGAAAGGCUUUCUUGACAAGAACAAGGAUUUGCUGUUUAGAGAUUUGUCACAGGCAAUGUUUGCUUGUGAGCAUCCGUUGAUGAAAGUUCUGUUUCCUGAUGGUGAUCCAGAGAAUCCAUCCAUGAAACGUCCACCAACUGCAGGAUUCCAAUUCAAAGCAUCAGUCAGUCAACUAAUGAGAAAUCUCAUGUCUAAACACCCGAACUACAUUCGUUGUAUUAAACCGAACGAGAAGAAGAAGGCGUUUGUGUUUGAUGAUCAACUGGUGCUGCAUCAAGUUCGCUAUUUGGGUUUAAUGGAAAAUAUGAAGGUUCGUCGCGCCGGCUACGCAUACCGCCAGUUCUACGAGGUCGUGCUGGAUCGCUACAAAAUGCUGGCAGACAAAACGUGGCCAGUGUGGAAGGGAGCUCCAAGAGAAGGCCUCAAAGAGGUUUUCAAGGCACUGAAGAAGAAGCCGACUGAAUACGCGUUCGGACGAACGAAGGUCUUCAUCCGAAGUCCAAGAAUGGUGUUUGAUUUGGAAGAUCGUCGACGAGCUCGACUGGAUGACAUGGCAGUUCUUAUGCAGAAGAUGGUCCGUGGGUGGUUGCAGAAGACACGUUAUCAAAGAAUACGGAAUGCAGAGAUUACGAUAGCAAGUUACUGGAAGGGAUUCAAGCAAUAUACGAGAUACAAUCUGAUGAGAGAUGCGGCUAUCAUUGUGGCGGCUUACUGUCGAGGCUGGCUGGCGAGAAGAGAGUACAGAGCAUUGCAGUUUGAGAUCAAGUCGAAAUGGGCGGUCGCUGUGAUUACCAAGUUUUAUUAUGGAUGGAAGGUUCGAAAGGAAUAUCGACUGCAGUUUCGAUCUCGGGCAGGCCCCGUUGUCUUUGCCUUCCUGAAACGCGCCAUGGCUGUUCGGUUCUUGAUGCGUCUUCGUAAGAAUUUGCCGUCCGUGUCGCCUAUUGAUCAGAAGUGGCCGUCCUGCAAUCCGAUGUUUAAGGACGUAAAUCCUCAGCUUCGACAGUUGCAUCAUCGUUGGAGGUGUCGAGUGUACAGACAACCAUUCCUCGCUAAUCCAACAAAGAAAUCACUCUUCAUAGAAAAGCUACAAGCAAGUCAAACAUUCAAAGGAAAGAAAUCAUCAUACAGUGCUAGUGUGCCGGUUGCAUUCAAGGGUGACUACAUUGGUCUUGGACGGGACCAAACGUGGAACCAACUGGCAGCCAGUCUCAACGAGCAGCAAGUCGUGUGGGCUGAUUUGGUCAUGAAAAUCAAUCGAGCAGACGGAAAGGCGUGUGAGAAGCUACUUGUCAUCACGAAUCUCUCGUUUAUUGUGAUGGAUCCGAAGUCAAUGAAAUUGCUGUAUCGUGUGCCUCUCGCUGAUCUCCAGAAAGUGUCCGUCAGUCAACUGUCGGACGAUUUCUUCAUCUUUCAUUUGGCUCCAGGUAAACUGAAUGAGCAUGCAUUCAAGAAGGGCGACUACAUUUUUCAAAAUCAUCACGUCAUCGAAUUAGUCACAAAGACGGCGAGAACGAUCAGGCAGUUUAACAACCGAAGUUUACCCGUAACGGUUGCAAACAGGUUGGAGGCCACCCUAGUGAGCAAGGUCGUUCAGAUCGAAUUUGGAGCAUCUCGUCAGCCCCUCCCACGACCCAUUUGCAGACGAAAGGGUCAACGACUCGAGGUCUCUGUGUGAUUCUCUAUAUUUUUAUGCUAAUCUUCAGACGUUGGAAAUCAGUGAUAUGCUCUAAUUUUGAUGUAAUUAAUUAGAAAUGAGAGACCAAGUUAGACGACGAUGACUCGGGUGUUUGUUUCUAUUUUAGAAAUUUUUUAGUUAGCGUUCAGGGUUUCGUUGCGUUGUAAAUUGAUUGUUACUAUGUAUGACGCUUAUUAUUAUA